AUGUCUGAAAUAUCAAAUAAAAUAGAACAGAAAAAUCAUGAAAAUGGUCAAGUUAAAAAAAUGGGAAAAUCAGUGGAUGAACGGCAUUUGGCUUUACGAAAAUCACAGUCUUCCAAAAGUCUAUUUCAACAAAUCGCAUGGAGAAGUUUAGAUAAUUCUAGACGACAAAAAAACAUGCUAAGUGGAGACUAUUCGGAACCACUUUGGGCAAUUGUUUUAGAUAAGAAAAUGGAAAAAAAUUAUAUCCCGCCUGCUGGCAUUACAGAACAUCAUAUUGCAUAUAGAAAAUAA